GGAGAAAGGUCAGAUGAGGCCCCGUGCUUGCUUUCCUGGGGAGAAUGGUAAGAGGGAUGACAGAAAAGGGAAGCUUUUCUUAGGAUUCUGGUGACAGACUGGAUUAAUCGCCCAUUUUAUGAGCCAGCUGUUGAGGAGACCAGGGUGAGUGAGACUGACUUCAGGAGCUGCCAGUCCAGAGGUUGUUCUGUUCUCUGUGACAAGGCUAUGACAGGUGACUCAGGAGGAACCCCCACCUAGCCAGGCACAGAGGACCAGGCCUGAUAGGCUUUCUGGGGAAAUGGUGUCUCAGGCUUCAGGGACCUUGCUGACAGGAAACCCCCAUUUCAAAAUGCCACACGGUACCGAGGGGUUUGACAGAGGCAGCCCAGUGUGGUGGGGUGGUUGGUGAAAGCCUAAGGCCCAGGAGGAAGGGGUAUCCUCGGGGGAGGCUGAGUGCCGUACAGCCGCUGAAGCAGGCCGGUGACCAGGUGGGAGUCUAUGAGGCCAAAGCUGACCGGGUGGAAGGAGUAGUUGGGUCAUGCAGGCAUUGUGACCGGACCGUCUGGCUCCAGGGCUUGUUUCUUCAGGCGCCCGGCCAUCAGUAAGCGCGCAGCGGGGAGCCCUGGAUUCGUUCAACCAGCAAGCUUUCCCAGGCCCCUGAGCAUUUUAGGGUGGCCCUGGUGGUGGGUCAGGGAAGCCCGGUGUCUCCUGCAGCUCCACAGGCUGAUUCUCGGACGCGCUGGGGACUGCAUUUGCCAGAGAACCUCACCAACAGCCUGUCUUCGACGCCGAAGCAACCGACUCCGGCCUCCCUCACCUCCCGCGGUGUUUGCGUGGGAUGUCGAGCGGGGCGGGGGUCACGCGCGAGGGCAAGGGCACGGGCGCCGGAAGCAGUCCGUGGAGGGGCCGGAAGCUCCCCGUUCUCCUCGCCAGGGUGGUUGGUCGCGGUCCCUGCGCGGUGGAGCUGGGCUGUGUGGCUGCCGGGGGUGGUGAGUCGGGCGCAGUGCAGCCAGAAGCGGCGGAAAGGCCUGGGGUAGGGUGUGCAGCCCGGCGGAGGACGGCAGGGGACUUGGCGCAGAGAAGCACCGCCCGUUUCCCUGGGAGCCCCGUUCGUCCUGGAGGAAGGGCGGCUCAGGGGCCUCUGGGAUACCCAGUCUUGCGCGGGCGCGUCCUGACCCGGAAGUGGUUCUGGGCUGAGCUGGGCUCUCACCGCUGCUGCGGGUUCUUCCUGCGGAUGGGCCCUGUUACCCUCCUGAGCCCAGUUUCCUGGGCUUCCCUCCACUGGUUCCCUUUCAGAUGCAGACCCACCGGGCUCCUUCAAAACUGUUCUCACUUCCUCUCGGGCGUGUCUGCAUUUCCACAACCCAGGCUUGCGUUCCCCCUUUGCUCCCACUCCACGUGCGUCCGUCCUUAGAGUGCUCCGGGAGGGCGCUCUCCGCCCUCGGGGGUUAAAAUCCAGACCCUUACGUGGCCGAAGGCUCUGCAGCAUUGCCCUGGCCACGUGGCUCUGGCCUGAGCUGAUCCCGCGGCCCAGAAUGUUCUCUCCCGUAGCCAUCACCUCCUCAGGGCACCUGGCAGUCAGGAGCCUGGUGGUUGGGUGUGUGUGGGGCAUGGAGCUGCCCCGGUCUGGGGAACCCUGACCAACCCUUUUAAAAACAUGCGCUGGCAGUGAAAACGGCCUUUAUUCUCUUUUAAAGUUGCAAUGGUAACAAAUAGCCGUUGCCCCCCCCCCCCAAAAACAGACAGUAUGUAGAGAUUUAGAAAAGAAAAAGCGGAUGUCCUCCUCCAGUUAUUUCUCCCAGAUUUCGCCCACUGGGAGUUUGUUUUUCAGGACCCGUUUCUGAACAUUUAUAACGGUAGCUCCUGCGUGUACUCACACACACAUAACACCGCAGAGGUUUGUUUUCAAAUGUUAACAUCAGUGGGAUCAUGUUGCGUGAGGAGGGCCACAGAUUACUUUCUUGUUUAACAUUGUAGAGUGGACAUCUUUCCUUGUCAUUUUUUGAUCUUGGCUAAUUGGUGUGAGCUGAGCCUCUCAGGCUCCAUAGGAGUCUGCCAUGGGGGAAGGAAGGCCUUCCAGUGUGAGUCAGCUAUCGCUCUCCCUGCGCCUGGCCCAUGCUGUCCCUAGCUUCCAUCUUGCCCUUCCAGUCUGUCCCCCACAUCACUCUUCCUGGUGCCUGGCUGAUUGCACCCUUCACUUGUUCAGACCCUCCCUGGGCACUGACCCUCUCUGCUAGUUCCCGCCUGCACUUCUGCUUGACUGCUGGUGGGAUUCUCUCAGUUCACUGAAACAUGGCAUGUCUGUGCCCCCUGUCCUCAGGAAAACUCUCCCACCUUUAUCCAGUCUGGCAUGAGCUAUUGUAAAGUUCCGCAGGGGUGGGUUCACUCUUCUCUUAACCAGAUUCCCAGUGCCAGCUGUUCUCUUGAGGGCACAGAUGGGGAGGUUGAGGCUGGAGGUAUCCCCUACCAGGUUGCCAGCCGGCCAGACUUGGGGACAGUUUCCCCAGCAGCAAGUGGCCUUGAGGAUGUGGGUGACUGGAGGGGCGUGCAUGAUCAGUGGUCCUGACUGGAUGGGCAUUUGUCCCAGGAAGACAGUGUGUGGCCUGAGUGAGUGCAGGGGAGGCCAACUUCCCAAGGUAUUGCCAUGGCAGCCGACCCAGCACCCCUCAGUCAGGAAGAGUUCGUGAUCAUCAGGAUGGAGGAAGAUGAGGCUGCCCCAUGGGAUCCUGAACCCCUCUCCAAUCCUCAGCCCUCAACCCUGCUGCCCAGACUCUGUAGGGACCCCCGGCAGCGCUUCUGCAGCUUCCACUAUGAAGAGGCAGCAGGGCCCCAAGAGGCCCUAGCCAGGCUACAAGAGCUGUGCAGCCAGUGGCUGAGGCCCGAAGCACACCCCAAGGAGCAGAUGAUGGACCUGUUAGUGCUGGAGCAGUUCCUGGGUGUGUUGCCACCUGACACCCUGGUCUGGGUGGAGUCCCAGUGCCCUGAGAGUGGUGAGGAGGCUGUGGUGCUGGUGGAGGACCUUGCUCAGAUGAUGCAGGAGACUGGCCCCCACGCCAGCAGGCUCCUCUUCCCCAUCUUACUGGCCACUUCUCCAAAGUGAGUUUUCUGUUAUUAAUUUAGUCAUAGUUUCUGUUGCACAGAGAUAGAAAGUAAUAUGCUGAUCAGUAUCAGUUUAUCCUCCCAUUAUGUUUUAAAUCUAAGAAUGUAAUAUAUGUGUAUUAUAAAGUCAUUCAGAUUUUAACAAAAGUAUGUAAAUUUCAAGCCUCACAGCUAGUCUGCCUCUUUGGAGAUGGCCAUUGUUAGCCUUUGUGUGUCCUUUCUCCCUUGUUUUAUAUGUGCAUAUGCAGCACACACACGUGUGUCUGUAUGUGUGUGGGUAUAUAGACACUUCCAAAGAGAGCCCAUUUAUGCUCUGCACCUGCUGUUUCACUUCAUCUCUUAUUGGCCCUUCCAGUGUCACAAGCCGCUCAACCCUUUCCUUUUAGUGCCUCUUUAGGAGUCAUUUGUCUUGCCCAUCUCAGAACACACACCCCUGUCCUAGCUGUCACCCCUCUUCACCUCCUCUUGCCCUCUUGGCCUGCCGAUCCUCUAGAUCAGCCCAGCCUUCAGCACAUGGAUGUCCCUGGAGCCCCUGCUUUGGUGCUGAGCACUGUGGAGGGCUGUCUCACCUUCAGUCCUCAUGGCAGCCUAGUGUGGCUGUCUCUUUUGGGCAGGGAAGGGAACCGAGGUGUUUUGUGGCAAACAGUUGGCCUCCCAUUCCUUGGUCAGGCUUACCUUGAUGUGGGGAGGGCUUUUGGUCCUUGGGCAUUAUAUAGCCUCCCCAGGGAUGGCUCUCCCCCAUGAGAUAGGGGCCAAAGCUUGCCUCUGUGUCACAGGAUGCUUCACUGUGAAACUCCAGUCACAAAUCAAUAGUACAGAGUUGAGCUCUGAGAGAUGCUGUUCCUGAAAGAAACAGGGUGCAUGGUCUUCCAUUGUUGUGGAAGGAUACAGGGGAAGUGGGUUUCCCUGGCUGCCUCUAGGCCCCUUGCCUGGUUCUGCAGUAGCCUGUCUGCAUUUUUUUACCAUGUCCAUGUACAGUUGACCCUUAAAUAGCAUGGGCUUGAACUGCAUGAGUCCACUUGUACGUGGAUUUUUUUUUUAAAGAUUUUAUUUAUUUGAGAGAGAGAGUGACAGAGAGAGCACACAAGC